AUGGCAAAUCCGCAGUCGGACAUACCUGCAUGUAGUGUAGACAUUACUCGAAACAACAUGUUUGUUUCUUCACCAUGUGUAUUUCCAGGAGAACGCAAUCAAUAUCCUGUAAAUAUUGCCGUGGAUUUUACUCGAUUGCGGGUACGAAAAAGUUCCCACGCAUUGCGCAAGUACAUGACAUUUUAUAAUAUCCCGCAAGUACCAGAAAGUUCAAGAGAAGAAUUAGCAAUAACAGUUGCAAGACACUUUCACGUGGAGUGCAAAAAGACGGAUGAAAAUUCCAGUAUCACGUCAUUUGUGACUUUUCUUACGGGAUCAAACGAUACUGUGAAAGCUGCAGAAAUGCUGCGAUCACGGUCACAAAUGUAUCAAGUGAUCAACAAAAAACAGGAUGAUGACAAUCAGGAGGAGAAUACUCAAGAGGAUGGAGCUGAGUUUGACGGUAUGAUGCAUUCAUUUGUGGUCAAGAAACGGCGUAUGGUGAACCAACAGAAUGCAAAAGAUGGACCACGUGGACACGACCAAACCCAUGAGCAUGACGAUGCUGGUGGGAUGCAAAAGAAGAAGCGAAAAGGACGACUGUACUGCAUUUGUAAGGGUGGCAGUUUUGGAAACAUGAUUGCGUGUGACAACAAGAAGUGUCUGGAUCGAUCCAAUUGGUAUCACAUGAGUUGUGUGAGUCUAAAUCCCAUCGAUGAACCACCUAAAACAUGGUAUUGUCCAGCAUGUCAAGCAAAUGAUUCAGCAGAUAUUCCAGAAAAUCAAUAUCGCAAACCCGUGGCAAGUGUUACGUAUGGAGAUAUGAUCUCGCAUGCAUUGACCAUUUUGCCUGAAGGCAAAGGUUCAUUCAAGGAUAUUUGCGACUUUGUUGAGACUGAAUACGAGAGUCAACUCAACUGGAAGUUAGAAAGUGAUCAGCGUAAAUCGCCCGUGUGGAAAUCCUCCGUGCGUAAGAUUCUCUUUUCCAACGGUCGUUUUCGAAAGCAUCCCGAAGGCAAAGGUUUGUUUUGCUUGGCUGUGUAA